CGAGCUCAAUCAAACUUCGUAAGACUUAUUAAAAGAUACUAUUGCAAACAUCGGCAAUAGAAAUCAAAGAGAUUGUUCAUCAGUCGAUGUUAGAACUCUGAAUCGAUCGGAUCAACUUAUUAUUAUUCAUGAUGCUGUGAGGGUAAUUGAUUGUUUUCUGAAUAGCCUUCACAAUGCUAACCGAGAGUUCAACGGAGAUAAUUUCGAUCGCUCUGGGCCACUUCAUGUUAUCAGUGCGCAAUGUGGCCAGUUUUUCGUUGAUCGUUCUAACUUGGUAUUAUUAUGUCCAUAAACCAGUGUCCAGUUUAAUCAACCAGAUUUACCAUGCUCUCAGAUUUCAUAGUGUUCCGAGUCACCCAAUUUUCGGUCAUAUAAAGUAUCUCAUACCGAAGUUUCCUAAUCCGUAUUACGAGUCAAUCGAUGCAUCGAAAAAUUAUUAUAACCUUAUGAUGGAAUCUAAUGACCCGGUCAAAGGCUCAGAAAUUUCCGUUGUCUGGAUCGGUUGGUAUCCAAUCUAUUGCAUCUCUGGCGCUGCUGUGCUCGAGGCUGUUCUGUCAAAAUCCAAUGUUGCUAAGCCCUCGUUCUAUAAAUACAUUGGACUUCGAGAUGGUUUAGUUACAUCCGAUCCUGAUAAAUGGCGAUUACAUUGUAAUCUGAUUGAGCCUUUUUUCAUCGCCAAAAGGCAAAAGUAUUUCGCUGAAAUCAUGAACAAGGAGAUCAGUAAAUUACCACAGCACAUUAAGGGAAAAGUUGGUGUUCCUUGUGAUAUCAAACAGCUAAUUAAUUUGAGUGCGAUGAAUAUCAUCACCGAAGUUUGUUUAAAUAUACCAAGUGAUGAAUUAAUUGAUAUAAAAUAUUCUUGGCUGGAUAACAUUGAGAAAGGCAAAGGAAUCGAAUCAGCACAAAUUAUAGCAGAGAAAUAUAGACAAGCAGCAUUGGAACGAGGAAAUAAUAAUAACGAAAAUGAUUCCAAGAAUAAAAGAAAAGAGUUCGAAAGCUUAUAUGAGUUGUUGACCGAAAAAGAAACGAAGGAGGUAAAUAUGGACAAAGAGGAAAUUUUCGAUGAGCUGAUGACCAUUAUAGCUGCUGGACAUGAGACGAUAUCGGUUGCGAUGCAAUGGACAUUAUUUCUUUUAGGUAAUAAUCCUCAGAUUCAAGAUCGACUUUAUAAAGAAAUUGUUGAUCUAUUUCCUGGAGAUACUUCGGUUGAUGAUUUAGAAAAAAUUUCUCAGUGUCAAUUCCUUGAUCAAUGUAUCAAAGAAUCGCUUCGACUAAAGCCCCCAGCCCACGCAAUUGCACGUAAAUUGGAAGAGGAUGUCAUCAUUAAUGGAUCUAAAUUGUUAAAAGAUUCGAUUGUAACAAUUAACUUAAGUGCAACGCAUUAUGAUCCUAAAUUUUUUCCCAAUCCAUUGAAAUACGAUCCCGAUCGAUGGUCGUCUAUCCAAAAAGAUACUUUGCCGAAAGGAGCUUAUGUCCCCUUCUCUCUUGGGCCGAGAAAUUAUAUUGGUUAUCGUUUCGCUUUACUUGGAAUGAAGGUUUAUCUAAUUCAUAUUAUUCGAAAAUCUACUUUCAAGUCGACCCGUAAAGAAGAUGAGAUCGGUCACAGAUUCGAGGCAUCGCUCAAGCCAACAUCUAGUUUGGAACUUGUAUUCAAAAUGAGAGAAUAAUAAAUUACCAAAUUAAACGUAGGUCGUUAGUAAACGACCGA